AUGAUGGAUAACUUAAAGCCACCAAAGGAACUGAAUAUCCAUGAAGCACAUGUAGAAUGGCCGAAAUGGAAAAAGAAUUUUAAUAUAUACAAAGUGGCUGCUGGUAUAUCAAAAAAGAAAAAGGACGAACAACUAGCCAUCUUCUUACAUAUAAUAGGGGAGGACGCUAGAGAGGUGUUUGAUACAUUCGAGACAGAAGGAGAGGUAACAGAACUUGACAAAGCAAUUGAACUCUUUGAUUUGUUUUAUAAGCAAAAAAUUAAUGAAUGUGUCGAAGCAUACAAAUUUAACAUUCGUGAACAGAAAGUAGGUGAAACUUUCGGAGAAUAUCUUUCUGCGCUAAGAAAAUUAAGCGAGAACUGUAAUUUUGGAACAAUGAAGGACCGUCUUAUUAGAGAUCGAGUAGUGGCUGGCAUUGUUGAUAAAAAAUUACAAGAAAAAUUUCUGUCAGAGACUGAUUUGACAUUAGAAAGAGUAAUUGAUUUAACUAAAAAAUAUCAAGCAGCUCAAGAUCAAAAACAACUUAUGAAUAGCACGGUUGUAGAAGAAAAAUUAAUAAUGAAAUUAAGCAAGCAACAAAAUAAACAAUUUAAACAAGGUCAAUCAAAUGUAAAAAAGGUGACAGUUAAACAAAUAGAAAACUGUUCAAGAUGUGGUAAAACACAUGAUGUCAAUAAAUGUCCAGCUUAUCAACAGGAAUGUAUGAAAUGUCAUAAACCUAACCAUUUUGCUAUAAAAUGUAAGUCUACUGUUGGUACAAAUAACAGUAAUAAAAAUGAUUGGAAGAAAUCGAAAAAAACGAGCACUAUUAAAGAAAUAUCAGUUAAAAACAAUAUCGUUUCUGCAGCUGAUAGCUCUGGAGACCUAUGUCUAGGAGCAGUAUUUUGCAAUGUCAGCAAAUGUGAAAAGCGCAAGUCAUCCAAUGCAGCGGUUCAGUGGUAUGAAGAGCUACAGGUUCAAGGGAAAAUGAUCCAGUUCAAACUAGAUACGGGAGCAGAAGCCAAUGUAAUUCCAUUAUCAGUGUUGAACGCGGUGGGAUUAACGCCUAUCACAGUGAACAGAUGCAAAGAAAAACUUGUAAAUUAUUCAGGUACGGAUAUUAAUGCUUUAGGUAAAAUUAAUUUAUUAUGUAAAAUUAAGUCAAAUGAUGAACAAUAUUUAGAGUUUUUUGUUGUAAAUAAUGAAAAUUGUGUACCAAUAUUAGGAUUAAAUUCAUGUGUGGAACUUAAGCUAAUUAAUAGAGUAGACAUCUGUCAAUUAAAUCCUGAUAAAUUUAAUUUAGAAUGUGAGAUUUAUAAAAAGUUUAAAGAUAUUUUUCAUGGGGUAGGUAAUUUCAAACAAAACUAUUUAUACAAAAAUGUAGAUUGA